AUGAAUGAGCAGGAUGAAUAUUUAGAAAAUUAUUCAAGUACAACACCAAAAGAAAAAGAAUGUAAAGUUAAUGCAGAAAUUUAUAGGUACCAUAAAAUUUAUAUGAGUUACUUGGAUCUUUAUUUUUGUGUUAUUGAUUUUAAUCAAACAAUAUUUAUAUCUGUCAGUGAUGAAAAUAACGAAUUAAAUGAUUUACAAGCGUCUUAUCCUUUAAAAUAUGAAGAUGCUGAUAAUACAGUAUGUUUAGUAGGUGAACCCAAUUCAUAUGGAAAUGAUAUUGCUCGAUUAUUAGGAAAUAAAUUUAAAAUUCCAUUUUAUGUAAGUGUAAAUGUUGAUGAAAGUGAUGAGAACUUAACAAAUUUUAUUUUUUCCAGUUGUCUAGAUAUUUUAAAACCUAUAUUUAAAAAUAGAUGCUAG